AUGAUCAAACGUUUUGCGGCAGAAUUGGUUGAAGAGUCGAAAGUGUUGGCAGCAGCAGUGGCAGUAUUGGCAGUUAGUAACACAGUCAACACGGAAUAUUUUGCAACUUUCGAUAAAACAAAUAGUGAGUUGACAAAAACGUCUGGAGCGUAUGCAGUAACUCCACAACAGAACACUGUCAUCUAUAUUAACAAAACGGGCAACAAAGUCGGUAGUGACAUCCUAAGACGGAACAAUAUAAAUAUGUAUAGACAAACGUGUACGAAUCUGUUAGAGCAACCGCCGGAGAAGGUUAAGGAAUGGUUGAACGGUUUUGACGCGGUCAUCACCGAUUGCGAUGGUGUCCUCUGGGUAUACAGCAAUGUCAUAGAAGGCGCCGUCGACGCAAUGAAUCGCUUCAAAACGAUUGGCAAAAAGAUUUUCUUUUGCACCAAUAACUCAACGAAAACUCGCCAACAAUUGCUCGAGAAAUCACAUAGCAUGGGUUUUGAUAUCACCGCCGAGGGAAUGAUCUCCUCUGCGCAUUCAACGGCCGCAUACCUGAAAGCGCGCAAUUUCCAAAAAAAAGUUUAUGUGAUAGGCGCUGGCGGCAUAACAGGCGAACUUGACGCUGUGGGUAUCAAGCAUAGUGAAAUCGGGCCCGAUGUAAUGACAAGCACACUGGCCGAUUAUCUGGCGACAAGCUUUCGUAAGGAUCCCGAGAUUGGUGCUGUGGUUGUGGGCUUCGAUGAACAUUUCAGUUUCUGUAAAAUGAUCAAAGCCGCUUCGUAUCUCGAUAAUCCUGAAUGUUUGUUCAUUGCUACAAAUACGGAUGAACGUUUUCCUAUGCCUGGUAUGGUGAUACCCGGUUCAGGCAGUUUUGUGCGCGCAGUGCAGACAUGUGCCGAACGUGAGCCCUUCGUGAUUGGCAAGCCAAACCCGAGCAUUUGUGAAUGGUUGAUAAAUGAGGGUACCAUCGACCCAGCACGCACCCUAAUGAUUGGUGAUCGUUGCAACACUGAUAUACUUUUGGGCUAUAAUUGUGGUUUCCAAACGCUGCUUGUCGGCACUGGUAUACACAAGUUGAACGAUGUAGAAGCGUGGAAGAAUUCGGAUGAUCCUGAGCAAAAGAAGCUCAUACCCGAUGUGUUUCUACCGAAAUUGGGUGAUUUGCUGCCAUUUAUGUAGUGUUAGUUCUAGGCAGAACAGGGAUAACGAAAAAAAAAAAUAUAUAUAUAUAAAGCUGAAGCACACAAAAUUACAAUAAAUAUAUAAUUUUACUUUUACUUUUUGUUUCGUAAUCAUCUUAGCUUACUUUUUCUAAAUUAUAUUACUAAUCAUAAUAAAUUUGUAUACUUAAAAACUUUAAUAUAUUUACACGCAUACCAACGUAACUGUAUUGUAAAUUGAUGUUUUACAUUGCUGUCGUCCCACAACAUUCUUUUGUACAAAUAGUGUUAUGGAAGAUUAACUACAAAAACAAAACAAAAAAUAAAUAAAAAAAUAAAAAUUUUGUAAAAAGCUAUUUUGUAAAAUAACAAACAGGUAUAAAUAAA